UUCCUCGGUCAUUCUUACAUCACGUGUUUCCGCUCAGUGUAAAGUGUGCUCAUGCAAAGCUAGCGGAACAUUUUGAUGUUUUAUGUGUGUUUUGAUAUAUAAAUAUGUUUACAUGGCCGUGGAGGGAUUAACGUUUAUAAUAAUUAUUACUCUAAGUGUAAAGCACCUGUUCGUUUAUAGCUGCAGCUGAAUUAGUUAAGUCACAACCACAACAACUACAACAACAACAACGUAAGUGGAGCGAAUUGAAAGACGGCUCCAUGGCUAAUCUAGAGCAGUGGGUGAAUGACCGUCUCCAUGACAUCUUGGGCUUGAGUGACAGAUAUGUGUCUCAGUUCAUGAUUGGCACUGCACGGAAAGCACAGACAGCUCAAGAUUUUGUGGCUCGCCUCGAGCAGACGGGCACAAUUGAUGUUGACCAGAGUGUGAUUGCCUUUGCACAAGAGCUUUUUGACAAGAUUCCGGGCAAGCCGGUUGUUGAGAAAGCGUCCCGGGCGAUUGAACGUGAAGCCAUUGAAAUGGACAGGAAGAAUCGGACAUACACGUUACUGGAAGACAGCGACAGUGAUGGGGACACUGUGCAGGACAAACAGAAAGGGAAACGGAAAAGUAAGGACAGAGGAGACAGGAGGAAGCACAUCAGAAAGAAGAAGAAUAAUGAGUCGUCUAGUGAGGAUGAAGUACCUAAAAGAGGCAGUUCAUCCCAGUCCAUGAAGAAAGAGGAAGAGGAGGAGGAAGAAUGGGAGAAGGAAGAGCGCGAGCGAUUGCAGGACAUCGAAGAAAGAGAUGCUUUUGCUGAGCGCGUGAGGCAGAAAGACAAAGAAAAGACACGCAACAUAGCAGAGAGGACUGACAAAAAGGCCUACGAGGAGGCUCAGAAGAGGCUGAAGAUGGCUGAAGAAGAUCAGAAUAAAAUGCUGCCAGAGUUGAGGAAGCGUUCUCGCUGGGAUUAUCUGAAAAAGAGAGAAGCAGAGAAGCUUGAGGACCUGGAGGCCGAAAUCAUUGAUGAGGAGUACCUCUUCAAUACAGACGAGCUGAAUGAGCGGGAGAGAAGAGACUUGGAUUACAAACGCACCCUUCGAGACCUGGCUAAAGAUUACAAGAAGGCUGGAGCCAAGGAACAGGAGGAGAGGAAGAACAGAUACUACAUGCCGGAGGAGAAGAGAGGAAAGGAGGUGCCUCAGAGAGACCUGGAGCUGGAGGAAAUUCCCAUGGAGUUAGGAGGGGAACAAGGUCGUUGGGAGGAAGAGAGGCUGAAGACGGCCUCCCUCAGCUUUGGGGCAAAGAAAGAACGAGAGCAAAGGAUGAGGCGGGAGCAGGAGAAGUACCAGCUGGUCCUGGAGGAGGAUGAGAUGAUCAACUUUGUCAGCACUGCCAUGACUAUGAAGGGAACGACAGAAAAGGAUCAAGAGGAACCGGCUCUGUCUCAGAUGGAGCUGCGGAAACAGUCCCUGCAGGAGGUCAGACGCAGCCUUCCCAUCUUUCCUUACAGAGAAGACCUGCUUGCUGCUAUUCACCAGCACCAGAUCCUGGUCAUUGAAGGGGAGACGGGUUCUGGAAAAACCACCCAGAUCCCACAGUACCUCCUUGAAGACGGCUUCACUGAAGGUGGCAUGAAGAUCGGAUGCACACAGCCGCGCAGAGUGGCAGCCAUGUCUGUUGCAGCCAGAGUGGCACAAGAAAUGAGUGUCAAGCUUGGCAAUGAGGUUGGAUACAGCAUUCGCUUUGAGGACUGCACGUCAGAAAAAACGAUCCUAAAGUACAUGACAGAUGGCAUGCUGCUGCGAGAGUUUCUUACUGAGCCUGACCUGGCCAGCUACAGCGUGGUCAUCAUCGAUGAGGCCCACGAGCGGACGCUUCACACAGACAUCCUGUUUGGUUUGAUAAAGGACAUCGCCAGGUUCAGACCAGACUUGAAGGUGCUGGUGGCCAGCGCCACCCUCGACACUGAACGCUUCUCCUGCUUUUUCGACGAUGCACCUGUCUUUAGGAUUCCUGGCAGGAGGUUCCCUGUCGACAUCUUCUACACUAAAGCUCCAGAGGCAGAUUAUCUGGAAGCGUGUGUGGUUUCAGUUCUACAGAUCCACGUCACCCAGGCUCCUGGAGACAUUCUGGUCUUUCUCACUGGACAGGAGGAGAUCGAAGCGUGUUGCGAGUCGCUGCAGGAAAGAUGCAGACGACUAGGAUCGAAGAUCGCUGAGCUGCUGAUUCUUCCUAUAUAUGCCAACCUGCCGUCAGAAAUGCAGACAAAGAUCUUUGAACCCACUCCUCCUGGAGCCCGUAAAGUGGUGGUGGCGACCAACAUAGCAGAAACCUCACUGACCAUAGAUGGGAUCAUCUAUGUCAUUGAUCCAGGGUUCUGCAAGCAGAAAAGUUACAAUGCCCGCACUGGCAUGGAGUCGCUCAUCGUUACACCCUGCUCACGGGCUUCGGCCAACCAGAGAGCAGGGCGUGCAGGCAGGGUGGCUGCUGGGAAAUGUUUCAGGCUUUACACCGCCUGGGCCUUUAAACAUGAAAUGGAAGAAACGACUGUACCUGAGAUUCAGAGGACCAACCUCGGAAAUGUCGUCCUGCUGCUGAAGAGUCUUGGCAUCAAUGACCUCAUCCACUUUGACUUCAUGGACCCUCCACCUCAUGAAACACUGGUGUUGGCACUGGAGCAGCUUUACGCCUUGGGAGCCCUCAAUCAUCUGGGGGAGCUCACCAAGCUUGGUCGAAGGAUGGCUGAGUUACCUGUGGACCCCAUGCUGAGCAAGAUGAUCCUGGCCUCUGAGCAGUACAAAUGCUCAGAGGAGGUGUUGACAAUAGCAGCCAUGCUGUCUGUCAACAACUCUAUUUUCUACCGACCCAAAGACAAGGUUGUACACGCCGACAAUGCCAGGAUGAACUUUGUGGUGCCGGGGGGAGACCACCUGGUGCUGCUCAAUGUCUACACACAGAAGAGGAAAGAACCAGACGGACAUGGAGGAAAUGGCUGCAACUGGUCGACUGCAGGAUCAUCGGUGGAUGCAUCAGCGGCCAUUCAGAGGGGUUUGUGGUUUCUCUAGUUUAUCAGAUGAAUCCAUAAACCACAUGCUCGCCGGAUCUCGACUCCUUCUGGAUCCAAAAUCUUAAUUAUCUGUCGGAUUGUUUCUGAGAAACCACAAACCCCCUCUGAAUGGCUGCUGAUGCAUCCGCCGAUAAUCCAGCUAUUUCCCCCUCCUCAAAAGCAGACUCCUGGUUGGAGAUCCCUGAAUUUCAGCAAUGACUGAAGCCUGUUGCUGAGAACAGCCGGGGGCCUUUUGUUUUUAUUGCAGAAAGAAGAUAAGUGUAGCCUCCAUGGGCAUCAACGCUGUCACAUAUGCACGGUGCUUGUGCUCUAUAGAUUUAAUUGCAAAGUAAAAACUAAACUGUUUGUGUUGUGUUGCUGAUUACAGCUUGAAAUGGAGAUAAGGUUUUAAAAUACUUUGAAAAGGUCUUGAAAAAGUCUUAGAAAGGUAUUGAAAUGAACUUCAGGAUUCCUGCAUAUAGCCUGAAAACAACAGGCUAGAAUAUUAACACUUUAUUCUUGUAAAUGUGUGACUUUAUUCUCAAAGUCUGUGAUUUG